UGAAAGCUAGGCGUUCUUAGGCUCUGUGACUUGUUGAAUUGAUCUAUUGUGAUUGUGAAACAGGAAAAUGGUGUUUCUUAAUGCUUCUUGUUAUGUGCAGAAUCUGUUAAAUAGUCAUAAAGUUUGUUUUUUGGGCCUAACGUAGAUAAAAUUUCUUAUGAAGUUUUAUCUUUUGUGCCUGAUUUGCUGCGCUUUUCAUAGGGCUUGCACCUGAUAUAUGUGAUUGGCAUUUUAUCCCUCUAGUUGAUCAAGUUCUCUUUUCAGCCUGGCCGCUGUAGAAGAAUUAUAUUAUUCUUGCACCUCCAAGUGGGUGUGGGACCAUAAUGACUGGGUGAUUGCCUUACUCUUGCCAUUGGGUUCGAAGUCAUCCAAUGUUUGGAGACUCUGCCGUGUUUUUGAGGGACGCUCGCUUGAUUAUGGUUAAUGUCAGUGGUGAUUAAGAUUGCAAUGAGUGUAGAGCAGUGUUACUAUUCUAGCUAGUCAUUGUGGUACGAGGUAAUAAGUAAUGUGUUUCUGGCUAUUGUUCAACAAUUGUCAGGAUAUGUUUGAUAUUUCUUCUCAGUAUCUUAGUUGCACUACAAAAAGAAACAACCUCACUUGCUCGAAGAAUUUUCCUUUUUUCUAAUUAUGAUGGUUAGGUUCUCCUGCUUCUCCACUCCCGCCAACAAAUCGAAGAAAGUAGUUCAACAAUCUGUAGGGAAGUUGCUUGCUGAUUGUCAAAGUGUGACUGAGGAUCAAUCUAUAAAGCUUGUUACGGGAUCUAUAGAAACAAAUCCUAUGGCUGGCAGUAAUUCUUCCUGUAAUACUGUGGACCGAAAUAUAUCUCCAUGCUUUCAGAAGGAAUGCUGGCAAUCAGAAGAUCUCGAAGCUAAGCUUUCUGAGGCUAGUGAAGUGAUAAUUCGAACUGUACAGAUCAAAAAGAGUCAUUCUCUUGGAAACAUGAUGGAGAAAGAAAGUGAUUUCUAUGGCGAUGAUAUCAUGGGGGGUGUUGAUAUUGAUCAUGGCUUUUCACGUGAGUACUUGAAUGAUUGGAAUACGAAGGAAGUUAGGGAUUCCUUUGGGGAUACUAUUUCUUCCGAGUUCAAUCACCAUGAAAAUUAUGGAAAGAGUUAUCAUAAUAAGCAAAAGAAAAAUGAUUUUCUUACGGAUUCCAUACAUAAUGAUUCUCUAUACUCUGUUGAAAAUUCAAAGCAGUCUGAUCAUGAUCAGCUUGCCGAUAUUGCCGAGAAGAGUGCUGAUCAUUUUGCUAUCUCUAGAUGUUCCUCCAAGAAACCUCCUACUUUAUCAAGAUCAUGUUCUGUGAUCAACCUGAAGGUCAAUGUGUCUGAAUCCAGUGAAGAUGCUAUAAGUCAUAGACUUACCUAUCAUAGAUCUCAUUCCUUUUCGGAUCUGCAUAACUUCAGAGGACUGGGAGCUGAAUUUCAAAAUCAUGGAAGAUAUUUUGAUUCUGGCAUCAACAAUGAAAAAACUAUCUUUGUUUCUCCCUCUUACUUAAACCCAAAUUCUGAUGGUGAGGGGAAAGCUCCUUGUUACUUUCGUGCAAAAGAAGAAGGCCUCAGUUUGGUUAGAAGUGAAAUGGUUAACGAUCAGGAUAGUGAUGAUGACUCAAGAAAAUUAGAAGCAAAAGAUGCUGAGAUCAAGCAAGGAACUUCUCAUUACAACUGGGAAGAACUGACCCCGGAGGAAUUCAGCAUGAAGAGAGUAGAACAUUGGAUUAGCCAGAUAGAAAUCUGCGGUGACUUCAUUGUUGAAGAACCAGGAGAGGGAUCGGCUAAUGUUUGCAAGGAAGAUCCCAAAAUUUCUGUGGAUUCUCGGAAACCGGAUGCUAGAAGUCUCCAAGCCAUCGAAGUACCUCGCAAUCGUAUCUCAUCCUUAACUUCCACAUCCUCAUCAACGCAGAUGGCAAAUCUUGGGUUGGUCACAGUCCCUGUUCUAAGUCCAUUUGUCAGUUUGAGGGUAGUUAACUUAUCAGGAAAUGUUAUAGCUCGGGUAACUCCAGGAUCUCUUCCUAAAGGUCUCCACAUGUUGAACUUAUCAAAGAAUAACAUAUCCACAAUUGAAGGCCUCCGUGAUCUUUCGCACCUUCGUGUAUUGGACCUUAGCUAUAACCGAAUAACUAAAAUUGGCCAUGGUUUAUCUUCCUGUACCUCCCUUAAGGAACUGUAUCUAGCUGGUAAUAAGAUCAGUGAGGUCGAAGGCCUUCACCGUCUUGUCAAACUGAAUAUAAUAGACUUGCGGUUCAAUAAAAUCUCUACUGUUAAAGGCCUUGGGCAGCUAGCAGCUAAUUACAGCUCCAUGCAAGCAAUAAAUAUUGAGGGUAAUCCUGCCCAGAUAAACGUUGGAGAUGAGCAGCUUAAGAAGUUUCUUCUAGGCCUUCUUCCUAAUCUAGUUUACUACAAUAAGCAGGCCAUUAGGAAGGGCUCAAAAGAAGUUUCAGGCCGUAGCAAUUUUGCUGCUGCUGCUGCUGCUUCUGCUCCUCACUUCGAUAGAAGUAUCAGAGCAGAGCACAAACCUCCACUGAAGGCGUCCAUGAGCUCUGCAGGUCUUCACAAGUUGACGAAAAACCUUGGAAGGCAAAGCCAUGGCGAGGUAACGUCGAUGAAGCUGGCCAAGGAUCGGCAUGCACGCACGCAUCUGCUACAUCCUGCUACCAAACCAACUAAUCGGCACUUAGAUUCUGGCAAAAAGCUACUCAGUGAAGCUAUGCGGCGGAGCCAGAGCACCGAUGCACUUUGGAGCCAUGUCAAAUGAUGCUCAUUGCAGUCUAAUAAUAAACUGGCCUUCUCUUUCAUUGCCAUUGAAGGACCAAUUGUUGGAUUAUUGGUUAUUUAAGUGUUUUGAAGUAUGUUAUGGCUAUUGCACAGUAAUGUGUUGUAGUUGCUAAUAAGCAAACUGCAGGUGAGAUGAAUUUUUUUGCAGUUCUGUUUAUACUUUUAUUGUUGGAAUUGUGCGAAAGUUUCAGAAUGGAUAUCAAAUUUCUGUUAAAAGAAGGCUGCCACAUUUUAUUGCAAAUUUCUAUUGAUAUGAAGAA